UACUGUACGUAUAUAUAUACAGCGGUACGCGAUCCAGAAGUAUUGGCAUUACAAGAUUAGUGAGCAACGUAUCGACACAGGUUCUUAAGACUCCACGGGAUUUCAUUGCGACGUUACCCCGAUACGCGAAUCGGUAGAAUAAUCUGAUCAUUUUAGUGAUUAGCUCAGGCCUCCGACUGCAACAAUGUCAGCGACAUCGGGCUGGAUGGAAUGGGCCAAUGAUCUGGUUUACAAUAAAUCAGAUCCGAGAACCCGCGAUUGGUUUUUACUCAAACAACCCGGCGACGUAUUGCUGAUAGUCGCGUUGUACAUUUAUUUUUGCGUUUGGUCAGGACCAAAAUACAUGAAGGACAAACCGCCCUAUGAGCUCCGUAAAACCCUCAUAGCGUACAACUUCAUGCAAGUACUGCUGAGCAUGUAUUUAGUUUACGAAGGUUUGAUGGCUGGUUGGCUGAACGAAUAUAGUUACACCUGUCAACCGAUCGACUUCUCCGAGAGCCCUUCCGCAAUGCGAAUGGCCGGCGCUGGAUAUAUGUACUUCAUCUCCAAGGUGUUGGAACUUCUGGACACGGUGUUUUUCGUAUUUCGAAAGAAACAACGGCAAGUAUCUUUCUUGCACCUGUAUCACCAUGUUUCGAUGUUGAUGCUCACUUGGUUCGGCGUUCGUUAUUGGAUGGGUGGACAUGGAACGCUAUUCGGCGUGGUGAACAGCUUCGUUCAUAUGUUCAUGUACGCUUAUUACAUGCUCACAGCCUUCGGUGAGAGCACGCGAAGAUUUCUCUGGUGGAAAAAGUAUAUAACAAUUCUGCAAAUCGCGCAAUUUAUACUUGUUGGCUUACACAGUGCGCAAGUGUUGUUCAGGGAAUGUGACUACCCGAAACGACUGGCCGCUUUGAUAAUGCUCCAAAACGUGGUAUUCUUUUAUCUUUUUACAUCAUUUUACAUAGAAACUUAUGUAAAGGGAAACGCACGGAAGGCAGGAACUAAUGAUAUACAAAAUGGCGGGUCUAUAAGGCCGAAAGACAAUUGAGGUCAAUUGAGUCUCAUUUCAUCAAGACAGAGGUAUGAUACGCUCACAACUUGACGGUUAGUUUUAGCAUAGCGAUAAUUUCUGGCAAAACCGACGCGAUACCUCGAGCUAUUGGAAAUGUUGUAAGGUCCCAACGUGUUGAGCCGAGGGAUUUUGACUUCCGAUUGAUCAUUUCAAAUAUCAUCGAUCAUAAUUGUAAUUCGAUAUAUUUAUAAGAACGAACUUAUUGAUAUGUACACAUUUUUUCUAAACAUAAAUAAAUGAAAUUUUUUAUUUUAGUAUCUAA